UUUCCUCAUUCUCAUAACAAAGAAGAAAAGAAGAAUCAUCCAGAGAAAACAAAAGUUAUUGAUCAUCAGAGUCUUCAACAAAUGGUGAAGACAGAGCAAAAGAGUCAUCUGGAGCCAUCAAAGCCAAUGCCAUCAACAUCAUCAGCACCAUCAUCAGCAUCAGGAGGGAGCAAAAAGAAGUACAAGGGAGUGAGAAUGAGGAGCUGGGGUUCAUGGGUAUCUGAGAUAAGAGCACCAAAUCAGAAAACAAGAAUAUGGUUAGGCUCUUAUUCAACAGCAGAGGCAGCGGCCAGAGCCUAUGAUGCUGCACUUUUAUGCCUGAAAGGCUCUUCAGCAAAUCUAAACUUUCCCAUCACAUCUUCCACUGAUUAUCAUCACAAUAUUCCUCCUCAUGAUAUUGUUAUGUCGCCCAAGUCCAUCCAAAGAGUGGCUGCAGCUGCAGCCAAUAGCUUUAUUGCCAAUGCUACUGCCCCACCAUCAUCCCCUCCUGCUCCCUCAUCCUCAUCAUCAGUCUCAUCCCCAUCGAUGUCAUCCUCACCGUCCGAUCAACUCGUCGACGAUGAUGUCACGCUAAUGCCACCAUUUGAUCAAGUCAAUGAGCCAAUGGCCAUGAUGGAAUCCUGGUACAACAACUUUGACGGCCUACAAUCCCCAAAAUUCUUUGAUCAAAUGUUCAAUGGUGCCUUGUUUGCUCCACCUGUGGUUGAUGAUCUGUACGAAGAAGUCGAUAUUCGUCUGUGGAGCUUCUGCUGAAGAAAUUAUUCAAGAUCAAUCCAAAUAAAGCCCAACCCAUAUCAUUCUUUUGUCCAAUAUUCACAUUCGUUGAUGAUCUUCUCUUAUUGCUUGAAGACAUUACUGACAGUAACCAUCAAUUUGUUUAUUAUAUAGUGUAUUUUGAUUUAGGAGAUCGAAGAAACUUUCAUGAGGAGAUGAGACAUUUUUUGGACUCUCCCCUGUAGUUUUUCUAUAUAUUAAGAAUAUGUAUGAAUCAAGCAAGGUUUGUCAUAUGAUCAAAUAUUAUUUAUGGUUUAUAUUGUAAUGAAAUUAA